CUCCACACAGCCCGCAGCCAAUCAUAACCCGCCAAUCGCGCGAUUGGUCUGAUGUGCUGAUGUCAGGAUCCAACGUGGGUCCUCGUCGAUGUCAUUGGCUCCAACGGAUGAGCGCUGUAUCCAAUCAGAGGACGCCUGGAGAGUUCUCGACAGCCGCGAGCAUUUAAGGUGGUUUGGUGAAAUGUAAACUGAGAGCAAAGCACAGAAGGUCUUCUAGUUUGAAGGUAGAGUUAAAAGAGGAACAAGGUUGGAAGACUCUGGCACAUUCGAAUGGAGGUACGUGUUUGUUCUGUAGCUUGUUGGGGACAUUCGCAGAAGGACAGGAUCAGAGACAGUUGGACAUCAUUCUUCGGGGUUCCCUGCUGCUCCUGAGCUGUCAGACAACCAAACAGAGACUGUAAGACUGGAACGUCACCCCAAGGAUUUCUGAGGGGAAAUCCAGUCCAAAGUGUGAGUAAGGGGAUCUGUUUUAUGUGUACCCCUUGUUGGAUGGACUGACAGUCUUGUUCUGUGUGGGAUCCGGGCUUGGGAAAAGAGAAGAGCCGGGCUGCCAGUGCCAGAGCUAGAUCCGGGGCUCGUUCCCCGGUGGUUUGGGGACCCAGAGGUGUGGAGGGUCAGGGUAGGGUGUUGGCAAUCAAACCCAAACCGGGCAUUUCUCUCCGGUGACCAUGUACCCACAGGGUAGACAUCCGGUACCUCUGCAGCCUGGUCAGUCAUUUAAGUUUACGGUUCUGGAGACUUUGGACCGCAUUAAAGAAGAAUUCCAGUUCCUUCAGGCACAGUACCACAGUCUCAAACUGGAAUGCGAGAAGCUGGCCAGUGAGAAGACCGAAAUGCAGAGGCACUACAUCAUGUACUACGAGAUGUCCUACGGGCUCAACAUCGAGAUGCACAAACAGGCAGAGAUCGUGAAGCGGCUCAGCGCUAUCUGUGCUCAAAUCAUCCCUUUCCUCUCUCAGGAGCAUCAGCAACAGGUUGUUCAGGCAGUGGAACGUGCCAAACAGGUCACCAUGGCCGAGCUUAACUCCAUCAUAGGGCAGCAGCAGCUCCAGCACCUUUCUCACCACACUCCAGGUAUCCCUCUCACCCCUCAUCCUUCGGGCCUGUCCCUGGGCAGCACUUCCGGGCUGCUGGCCCUUACUGGAGCUUUGGGUGUCUCUGCUCACCUGGCAAACAAAGAUGAACGCAACCACCUAGACCCUGAACACCUUAGAGAGGGUGCACCGAGCAGGAGUAAGUCAGUGUCAUCAACGGACAGUCAGGUCACAGAGGAUCGGCAAGGCCCGUCGGGGUCGUAUGCCUCACAGACGGGUGGCGAUGCCAAACGAAGGCGUUGUGAUGAGAAAGACGUCCUUCCAUCACACUAUGACAGUGAUGGGGACAAAAGUGAAGACAAUCUCGUGGUAGAUGUUUCAAAUGAGGAGGCUUCCUCUCCGGUGGGCAGUGUUCCUCUCUCUCCUCACGGGAACGGUUUAGACCGAGUCCCAAAUUUAAGGAAGGAGCUCCCAUUGUCCCCCAGUCCCCCACCAACUACUCCACCACACAGUCCACCUCCUGGCAAGAGCAAGGACACAGUGCAAACAGAGAAGUCCCAGUCGCCCUCCUCUAAAUCUGGCAAUUCCUCUCCUUCUCGCCAUGACUCCCUAACCCCUGGUCCACCUGGGCCCAGCACUUCCUGUUUACGCUUGGUCAACAAACCGGCCUCCUCAGCGGAUCCUUUGGCGCUGCGGAGUCCCCUGACCAUGACACCCGGUUCUUACCCGACUCACUUUGGGGUGGUGUCUCACGCUGGGCUCAAUGGAGAGCUUGCCAGUCCGGGCGGGUUCGGGGGCUCCCUCACGCUCUCGCCUCAAAUCAAUGCCGCGGCCAAUGCCUACACACGCAGUCCUAUGGUAGCGUAUGAAUCCCGUUCACAUCUUAGGCCUUCAGGGCUGUCCUCCUCACUGCCCGGUUCCACUGGUGGAAAACCCGCUUACUCGUUUCACGUGAGUGCAGAUGGUCAGAUGCAACCUGUGCCCUUCCCUCCCGAUGCCCUCCUCGGUCCGGGUAUCCCUCGACAUGCCCGUCAGAUUCACACCCUCAGUCAUGGUGAGGUGGUGUGUGCGGUCACCAUCAGCACCUCCACGCGUCACGUCUACACCGGUGGCAAAGGUUGUGUCAAAGUGUGGGACAUCAGCCAACCAGGCAGCAAGAGUCCAAUGGCCCAACUGGACUGUUUGAACAGAGACAACUACAUCCGCUCAUGUAAGAUUCUUCCUGACGGGCGUACCUUGAUAGUUGGCGGCGAAGCCAGCACGCUGUCAAUCUGGGACUUGGCCACGCCCACUCCACGCAUCAAAGCCGAAUUAACGUCCUCGGCUCCGGCCUGCUACGCUCUGGCCAUCAGUCCAGACAACAAGGUCUGUUUCUCCUGCUGUAGUGAUGGAAACAUCGUGGUCUGGGAUCUGCACAACCAGACGCUUGUCAGGCAGUUCCAGGGUCACACAGAUGGAGCCAGUUGUAUCGACAUCUCCAACGAUGGCACCAAACUGUGGACCGGAGGUUUAGACAACACAGUGCGCUGCUGGGACCUGAGAGAGGGACGUCAGCUCCAGCAGCAUGACUUCACCUCACAGAUCUUCUCUCUUGGUUAUUGUCCAACGGGUGAAUGGCUUGCGGUCGGGAUGGAGAGCAGUAAUGUUGAAGUGCUGCAUGUCUCCAAACCGGACAAAUAUCAGCUGCACCUUCAUGAGAGCUGCGUUCUCUCGCUCAAGUUUGCCUACUGCGGAAAGUGGUUUGUAAGUACAGGAAAAGACAAUCUGCUCAAUGCAUGGAGGACACCAUAUGGAGCAAGUAUAUUCCAGUCUAAAGAGUCCUCGUCCGUUCUAAGUUGCGACGUCUCCCCGGACGACAAGUAUAUUGUAACGGGUUCUGGGGAUAAGAAAGCCACAGUGUAUGAGGUGGUAUACUGAAUGCAGAAAAGAGGGAUGGAUAGAAGGAACGGGUGAGCAAUACGCAAUCAUGGCAGCAGCGGCAGGCAACCAUGGCUCUUCUGUUUGCUGUGUGCUAUAUACAUUCUGGUCCAUUUAUCCCAUCCAAUCCCCUUUGUUUUUGAUAGUUAAACAGAGGAAGGCAAUGGGUUUGUUGCAACUUAUUUAUACUAAGCACGGUAGGAAUACAUUUCUGUAUGCAUCAAGAAGACCCUUGACAUAAUGCAAUUGGCAAAAUUUGUAUAUCAGGCUAAGCUAACCAGAGGAUACUGAGUGGUAUCCCAUGAUGCAAUUAUCAACAGUAAAGAAGCCAUAUGUAAGAAAAACACUUAAAUACAAUCAAAAACGAACCUAGUGCGUUCAGGGUUAUUUUGCGAUAAUUACUGUCUAUUAUAAUGAUUAUUUCACGGCUACUUAUAAAUAUGUAAAUGGACUGAAAUAAUGAUUAAUGAUGGUGAAAUUACUUGAUUAUGUGACAAAAUCAUGGAAGGUGUACGGUGUAUGAGAUUUAGUACAAAAUAUUUAAAUGAAGACCACCAACUUGACAUGUUUUGUUAUUAAACUGCAAUAAAUGCAUACUGUGUAAUCUCUAAAUGUGCUAUUUUUGCAGUUUAUGGUGUAAAUACUGCCUAGUAAGCAGUAUCUAGUGUUUGAUUCCAAACAUAUAGCAAGUUAGAGUUAAUUAGCACAGAGAAAGCCACAUAGAAGACAGUGGGUAUUUAGGGAUUGCCUACUUAUAGAUACACCAACACCAGACAAUCAUUUCAUUAUCCUCAAACUCCCACCAUAAUAGGGUGUAGGCAAGACAGCGCAUCACUUCCCCUAAAAAAACGAGCCGUUCUGAAGCUCACGUCGGGGCGUCUCCGGUUAAACACACGAUACGGGCAUGCAAACAAUUCUCUGCUCUCCAAUUCAACCCAAUUAGACAUUCAUGUGGCAGAUCCCAGACUUAUUCUCCAACCCGCAUUUAAUUUUCCUUCUCCCACAAGCUGCUGUCUAAUGAGGAGCAAGGCUAAAACAUGCAGGAGUCUUGCUGCAUAUAUUUACAAUUCAUUUUAAUUCUCGUGGAUUAUCAUACGGAUGUACUUGUUUUCAUGUGAUUUAAUUAUUAACUUUGAAUAUUUGGGUUACCAAUUGUAUGAAAAAAAUGAAAUAUAAAGGUGAAAGUGUAAUGCGACCUCUACUCGCAUUAGUUUGAUUAAAAUGUGAGAGGUUUAAAUACAGGUCCCUGGUGCACACCAUGAAUAAGAAGAGCUGUGGUUGCCAACUUGACCGGGAAAUGUUCAAGGAUGGAUUCAACAGGAUUUAUAUACCACAUGGGAAAUAUUUUUUUUCUGUUUUUGAUUCUUUUGAUCUAUACUGCUUUUUCCCCAAUCAUCUGAUUGUUAGAUGAGUCAAAUUAUGUUUUGCUUGUGAGCUUUCCAAACUAAAGGAAGAAUUGUAUAAAAUAGAUUCUUUCAUUUUUAUGGCAAUAGUAAGCGGUAUUACUACAGUGUUUUGAUCAGUCUGUUAUUACUCAAAAUGUCCAAUGUGUUCUUUUUCAUAAAUUGCUGAAUAUAUGGCUGCUCACAAACAGCGGGCUUUGUCUUUUGUUUCAAGAUGGACCGUCGUACUGCACGAUCUGUCUUUGACCUCAUGUUAUCAAUAAUAUCUGUAUCUAUAUAAUCUUACGUUACACAUUGUUUCUAUACUGAGAACAGCGUACACUGUUUUUGUUAAAGACUGUUAAAAGCCAAGGAACUUUUUUCCAAAGGCAUCGCUGUGAUAUCUCCCUGUAGCACUUCCCAUGUGAUGUAAAAGAUAUGUAUACAUUGAAAAUUAAACUUGUGUUCAUCUUGUCAA